AUGGCUGGUCUACAAGGAGACGCAGAUGCCCUCAUGGCUGCUGCAGAAAUCAAGAAACACGAUAGCAUCUCGACCGAGAAACAUUCGGAGCUGGACCAUGAGCUGGAUGGUAUCCACGAUGGGCUUGUUUUCCCUACUGAGGAGGAGAGAGCUACUCUGCGUCGUGUGCCCGAUACCAUUCCCUGGAAUGCCUAUCUUAUCGCCAUCGUUGAGCUCGCGGAACGUUUCUCGUUCUACGGCUCAAGUGUCGUUUUCACCAACUUCAUCCAACAACCUCUUCCCGCAGGCUCCCACACGGGCGCUGGAGGCCACGACGGCCAGGCAGGUGCUCUAGGGAUGGGUCAGCGGGCCUCCACCGGGCUUACGACAUUCUAUCAAUUCUGGUGUUACGUGACCCCCUUGCUCGGUGCCUACAUUGCCGAUACCUACUGGGGACGGUUCAAGACGAUUUGUGUCGCUGUGUUCAUUGCACUCGUUGGGCAUAUUAUCUUGAUUGUGGCGGCGGUUCCUGGCGUUAUUGAGAAGUCGAGCGCGAUUGGACCGUUUGCGGUCGCGCUCAUUGUCAUGGGCUUUGGAACAGGCCUGUUCAAGGCCAACAUCUCACCUCUGGUCGCUGAGCAAUACAAGCGUACCAAACUAUUUGUCGUCACAACGAACAGCGGAGAACGAGUAAUCGUAGACCCAGCACUGACGGUCUCCCGAGUCUACAUGUAUUUCUACCUUUUCAUCAACAUUGGAGCCCUUGUAGGACAGAUAACAAUGACCUAUUCCGAGAAGUAUGUCGGCUUCUACCUCGCCUACACCCUCCCCACCAUUGUUUUCCUCCUGUGUCCUCUCGUCCUGUGGAUUGGGCGCAACCGAUAUGUUCACUCACCACCCACGGGUUCCGUCCUAGCCACCGCCUUACGCCUUUUCCGUUUUGCCGCCAGAGGAAAAUGGAGCUUAAAUCCCGUCAGGACAUACAAGAACUUUAAGGCACCUGGGUUCUGGGAGAAUGCGAAGCCGAGCAAGCAGAGCGAUGCGACGCGUCCCAAGUGGAUGACGUUCGACGACCAGUGGGUCGAUGAGGUUCAGCGUGGGAUUAAGGCGUGCGGUGUGUUCUGCUGGUUCCCCAUCUACUGGCUCACCUACAACCAGCUGAAUAACAACUUGACCUCUCAGGCGGCCACCAUGUCCACGCACGGUAUUCCUAAUGAUAUUUUGUCGAACUUGGACCCCUUCGCUCUCAUCAUCCUCAUCCCCAUCUGCGAUAUUCUCAUAUAUCCCGCACUUCGUCGAGUAGGAAUCAAUUUCAGCGCUCUCAAGAAGAUUACCGCUGGAUUCAUGACUGGUGCUGCUGCGAUGGCUUGGGCUGCCGCUGUCCAACAUUACGUCUACAAGACAAGUCCCUGCGGUUAUCACGCCUCUGACUGCACCGGCGUCAACGCCUCCCCGCUCAAUGUCUGGAUCCAGACAGGCUCCUACGUCCUCCUCGCCAUCUCUGAGAUCUUCGCGUCUAUCACCGGUCUCGAAUAUGCGUUCACGAAAGCACCGAAGAACAUGCGCUCGCUCGUCAUGUCCGUCUUCCUCUUCAUGUCUGCUGUUGCCUCAGCCAUUGGCGAAGCUUUUGUCUCCCUUUCUGCAGACCCUCUACUCGUGUGGAACUAUGGCGUCAUGGGCGUCCUCGCUGGCCUCGCAGGGAUAAUCUUCUGGUGGUCCGUAAGCGACCUUGAUGCUAAAGAAGACGAACUCAACAACAUGGGGACGGGGCAUCUCGCUGUAUCGGAGAAACCUGACAUGAACCUGAACUAA